UUAUACUAAAAUGCAAGAUUUCAUCUAUACAUCUUAGAGCUUAGAUUAUCACGAUCUUUAGCAAGUUGAAAAGGGUUGAUCGUCUUUUGCAUAUCAUAUUGAAAAUCAAUAUCUACAUGCCUUUUAAGUGGUGGGGUAUUUUGGAAAAGGGCUUAAUAUCUUAUUGCUUUAGUCCACACACAAGUGGCCAAGCGCGCCUGUAUCUUAUGGUUUAUAUAUGAGCCUGCCAUGCUUUCACAUAAAAUGCGAAUCUCUUCACUGAUUCAAGCCUAGAAUCAGACACAAACUUGCAGAAUUUCUUACACUAAUUCGGGUUUUUUGGAACUCGUGUUUUCGUGUCAGUAUCUCAAAACACUAACAAAAAAGAACAGUUAGAUUAAUGGGUGAAAACUUACACCGGCUUCAAGGUUUUGAUGUCUCCCUCAAUUUACCUGAUUCGAAAUGUUUGGACGACGAUGGCAGGCUCAAGAGAACUGGAACUGUAUGGACUGCAAGUGCUCACAUAAUAACAGCUGUGAUUGGUUCUGGAGUCCUGUCCUUGGCUUGGGCCACUGCACAGCUUGGAUGGAUAGCUGGUCCAUCUGUGAUGUUCUUGUUCUCGUUUGUUACAUAUUACACUUCUACUCUUCUGGCAGCAUGUUACAGGUCUGGUAAUCCAGAUUCCGGGAAAAGAAACUAUACUUACAUGGAUGCUGUCCGAGCCAACCUCGGUGGAUUCCAAGUGAAAAUUUGUGGAGUUAUUCAGUACGUGAAUCUUUUUGGAGUUGCUAUUGGUUACACAAUUGCAUCAUCUAUAAGCAUGAAAGCAAUCGAGAGGUCGAAUUGCUUCCAUUCGAAAGGGCAUGACAGUCCUUGCAGAGUUUCAAGCAACCCUUACAUGAUUGCAUUUGGGGUGAUGGAAGUAAUUUUCUCCCAAAUUCCAGAUUUUGAUCAAAUAUGGUGGCUUUCAAUUGUUGCAGCAGUUAUGUCCUUCACUUACUCAAGUAUUGGUCUAGGACUCGGAAUUGCUAGAGUUGCUGAAACAGGGAAAAUUCGGGGAAGUCUUACUGGAAUAAGCAUUGGAGCACAAGUCACUCCAAUUGAGAAAAUAUGGAGAAGUUUUCAAGCACUUGGAGACAUUGCUUUUGCUUAUUCUUACUCCCUUAUUCUUAUUGAAAUUCAGGAUACAAUAAAGUCCCCACCAUCAGAGUACAAAACAAUGAAGAAGGCUACACUACUAAGUGUAGGAGUAACAACCCUUUUCUACAUGUUUUGUGGAUGUUUUGGCUAUGCAGCAUUUGGAGAUUCUUCACAUGUAAAUCUCCUAACAGGUUUCGGAUUCUUCAACCCAUAUUGGCUACUCAAUAUCGCGAAUGCAGCCAUAGUUAUCCACCUUGUUGGUGCAUACCAAGUUUACUGUCAACCCCUUUUCGCCUUUGUCGAAAAAAUAGCAUCAAAAUAUUUUCCAGACAGUGAAUUCAUCACAAAAGAAGUCGAAAUCCCAAUUCCCGGCUUUAAAUCCUUCAAACUCAACCUUUUUCGUUUAGUUUGGCGUACAGCAUUUGUGAUCAUAACAACUAUAAUCUCAAUGCUUAUGCCAUUCUUCAACGAUGUUGUCGGGAUUCUUGGUGCAUUCGGGUUCUGGCCUUUGACCGUUUAUUUCCCGGUCGAGAUGUAUAUAGUACAGAAAAAGAUACGGAAAUGGAGCCUGAGAUGGAUUUGUCUUCAAACACUGAGUGGAGCAUGUCUUGUUAUUUCCAUUGCUGCUGCAGCUGGUUCUUUUGCUGGAGUUGCUUCUGAUCUCAAAGUGUAUAAGCCAUUCAAGACUAGCUACUGAUUCUGUUGAAUUUAGACCAAACAAGAAAGGACAAAAAUUAGGAUUUUAAUUCUUAUUUCAUGUUCAUAACAAACCUAAGAGAGUCCAAUGUAUAUAUUAAUGUGGGAAUCAGAAACCCAAGUUUCUCAAGUCCUUAUUGCUGUCUGUUUCUCUGUUAAAAUAGCAAAUUCAAGCAAGGUAUUUAAAUA